UGGGCUUUUACAGAUCCCUGGAGCUAUGACCAGUUUACGCUCCUACCCUAACCCAUUCGGGCAGUCUUCCAUCAUUACAUCAACAACCACCAUACAUCAACAUUUCUACUAGACGACGCGCCGCCGCGAUGCCUCCUUAAUGCGCCACAAAACCAUGUCGGAACCCGACCUCGAGCUUGAGCUCGACGUGGACACACCCUCCGCCCAACUGCACCGCGAGCUGCAAGAAACCAUCGUUCGCGCGCUCGCAACUCGACGGCCCAUCCUGCACCACCUCAACGCCGACACGUCGUGGUUGCUGCAGAUUCCGCGCCCGGCGUCCGCGGUCAAGCACGGCGGUCGCGUGUAUUAUAAUGUGCUGAUUGAUCCGUGGUUUGUGGGCGGGCAGAGCGAUGGGGCGAGGUGGUUUAGCCAGCAGUGGCAUCGGGAGGCGAGUAGGGUCGGGAGUGUGCGGGAGGUGGAGGAGUUGAUAAUGAGAGUUGAGGGGCUGGCUGGGGGCCCAGCAGGGACGAGGAAGAGGAAGAGAGAGAGGAAGGGAGAAGGGGAUGGUGUAGGGAUGGAGGAGGGGAGAGGGGGGACGGUGAUUGAUGCCGUGGCCGUCAGUCAUGAGUUUACGGAUCAUUGUCACAAGGAGACGCUACUGGAGUUGGAUGGGGAUGUUCCUGUUCUUGCUACGGAGAAAGCAGCACAGCUCAUCUCCUCUUGGAACCACUUCCGCGUCGUUCUCACAAUCUCAACAUUCACCCACGAGAAUGCCGACUGGCGAGACCACUCCCUCCCUCCUCUCCCCUCCUGGCUCAGCAUCUCGCGCCUCACGGCCCCCAAAGACGCGUUAUUCUAUCAUUCGGCGCUACUCAUUUGCUUCGCGACGCAUCCGUUCCUACCUACAACACCUAAGAAGCGCUCCUCACUCCUCAGCAUCCACGGUGACGGCGACGACCACCCUUCUACGCCCUCCGCAGACGCCGCCGAGUGCGUCGUAUACACCCCUCACGGCAUACCCUACACAGCGCUCAUUCCUAUCGAAGUCGCCGACCCGCCCCUGCACACCCUCGCCUUCCUCCACGGCCUCCACGACGUGUCCAUUUCGUCAGCGCAACAGCUUAACCUCGGUGCUAAAAAUGGCGUGCUUGCGCAGAGGAUAUUGCAGGCCAAAUAUUGGGUUGCGACGCACGAUGAGGUCAAGAUUGGAGGGGGGCUGAUAGCGUGGUUUCUGAGGAGGCGGAAGUGGACGGUUGAGGAGGCGGUGGCGGAGGUGAGGAGGGAUAUGAGGGAACAGGGGGAGUUGGAAGAGAAGGAGGACGAGGGGUGGGAGGGGAUGAGGUUUGUGGAGAUUGGGAAUGGGGAGAGUAGGAUUUUGGAGUAGAGUAGGGAUGUUUGGAUGAAGCGAUUGGUUUUCAUAUACCCCGUUGAUUGAGUGGAGUAGGUGCUAUUUAAUCAAUCCGCUUACUGGAUUAUCGUAUGUCUUCGUGUUGAAGCAUCAGGUGGAGCGUUGAACGUGGCUGUGUGGAUGGAUGAGGUCAGUACGCUUGGCGCUAGCAGGGGUGUUGGAAUUAUAUAUCAAUUCAACGACACAUCAACG